ACGGUGCGGAAGUUGCGCGAGCUGAACAAACUGUCAGCGGAGCCUGCUAGGUGCUACUGCUGCUGCUACGGCUCUAAAAACAAGUUAAACAUUUCCAUAGACAUCCACAAGUCAAGAUCCGGACUAUUAUCACAGGGAUAUGGAUGAAGACGUGUUGACGACUCUGAAACUAUUGAUAAUCGGUGAAAGUGGGGUCGGAAAGUCCAGCCUUCUUCUGAGGUUCACAGAUGACACUUUUGAUCCAGAGCAGACUGCCACAAUAGGUGUGGACUUUAAAGUAAAGACUAUUGCCAUAGAUGGAAACAGAGCCAAACUCGCUAUAUGGGACACAGCGGGACAGGAAAGAUUUCGGACCCUGACUCCCAGCUACUACCGUGGUGCACAGGGUGUCAUUUUAGUGUAUGAUGUCACCAAGCGUGACACUUUUACAAGACUUGACAACUGGUUGAAUGAACUGGAGACCUACACAACACGGAAUGACAUUGUGAAAAUGCUUGUUGGGAAUAAAAUUGACAGAGAAGAUCAUGAAGUGGACAGAAAUGAAGGACUGAAAUUUGCAAGAAAACACUCCAUGCUGUUUAUUGAGGCCAGUGCAAAAACCAAAGACGGAGUCCAGUGUGCCUUCGAGGAGCUGGUGGAGAAGAUCCUGCAGACUCCAGGCCUGUGGGAGAGUGACCACCAGGGUCAGAAGGUGACCCUAGGGGUGCAGGAGCAAAGCCAGGGCGGUGCAUGUGGAGGCUACUGCUCCAUACCAUGAAAAGGACACCUCAGUGCAAUCUGACCCAAUGGCUACAGACCACAGACAGACACUACGGUUUAGGUUAAACUUCUGUUGGCCGAGUGGACUUUGCUGUUUGCACACUUCUCUUAAGCCACCAUCAGUUCACUACUUUCUUUAAAAACAUGAAUGAGAGCAUUAUGAAAAGUAGACCCCCUUUUGAGAGAAAGGAGAUAUAGUAUUUGACCUAACGAACCCUGAAUGUACAUCUGGUUUGAAUUAAUUAUUUUGGUGAGAGAGAUCCAGCUGUACAUGAUCGAAUCAGGUUAAUGGAGUAGUGCCUAUAACUUGAACCAGUUUGUUGGUUACAGCACAUGCGUAGCUUGUCAAAUUGUAUUGUCGAUGAUCAGUCAUAAUCAGAACAGAUGUCUCUUAAAUCCAGUGCUUCCAGGCGCAAGUUCUGGUUUUGCUUUAUUUAAAAAUCCGUCACUCUAUGUAACUAAGUAUAACCAGUACACAUUGUUGAUUUAGUGUAUAAAACUAUUUUAUUAGAUUUCAUGUGUAAGAUCACAGCAAAUAUCCCCAAAGAAGUUAAUUGGUUCCAAUAUAUUUAUCUUUUAUUUAAUCUUUAAAACAAUUAGUACCUAUACAGAAUGUGGAGACCUCACUUCCAACGUAUAUUAAUGAAUAAAUAUAUGUCUUUAUUAAGUUUUUCUAGGUUGGACCAUAUCUUGUUAAGUUACAAUGGUGGCGGCGUUUACAAUACAGUAUGUAGAUUUUGAAGUAGAUUAUACAUUUCCUCAUAGUUGCUCUACCUGUGUGCUGUUUUGGCCAAUGAAGACAAUAAUCGAACAUAAUGGUCUGAGGACAUUCCUGAACAUUUCUAUAUCGUUAAUAUGCAAUAGUUUUUAUUUGUUGCGCUCUAUCUUUUUCUGAUGCCCUUAUCAUUGUCCUUGGCCAUUUUAUCCUUGUUUUUUGAUGUGCAUCUGUCUGCGUCAUUUUAAGCAAUAGUUAAAAAUGAAAUCUGCCUUAAUGUAAACUGACUACAAUUCCUGUGUUGUUUUGUUGCAAUCUUAAAUAAAGGACAACCUCGAUCUGUCA